AUGCUGCAGCUGUCCCACCAAAGUUCCACUGACCAAAUAUCACCCACUAGACACCAUAGAAGGAAAUCUUCAUUGUCUAGUGAUGAAGAUCCUUACGCCUUAGCUGAAAAAUACUAUGGGGACAGUAGAAAGAAGAAUUUUGGUAAAAACUCGCCUUUGAAUAGGGUUCGGACUUUUAGCACAUUUGAAUCAACAGCAACAAAACAACAAUUUUUGAAGGAGUUGAACGAGCCGCAUCCAAUCACUGACUCCAUAAAAGAAGGGUCUGAACCACCUAGUUCUGCUGAGUCAAAAUCUCCGUCCCCACUGGAUGGUGUAUCAUUUUGUCAUACUCCAGGUACUGGUGCAAAAGCGCAUUUUAAUCUUCACAUGACCCAUGACACUGAUGUUGAUGAAGAUGAGGAAUACGAUGGGGAAAAGACAAUUGACAAGAAGAAACAUCCCAGAUUGACUCGUGAAAUAUCUCCAGACUCGGUCGGCCCUGAUGAUGUUGAUAUUGAUGGAGACAAAGAGCGAAGAUUCAUUACAAAAGCAACUCAAGAUGCAAUGAAAAAAAGGCCCUCAAUUGUCCCUCUAUAUCAACAUGAAGAUAAUUCACAGUCCUUGGCACCACCUCCACAGAAUACACUUCAUUUUAGAAGACAGUCAUUGGAUGACUCCAUUCUUCGCCCUCAAAAGUAUUACAUCAGUGAUGUGCAAGAGACUUUGAAGGAGUUGUUGCAAAAUGAAGAUACUGACAAUAAUUGCCAAAUAACCAUUGAAGAUACUGGUCCCAAGGUAUUGCGAUUGGGUACCGCCAAUUCCAAUGGGUUUAAACUGUCAUCAGUUAGAGGUACUUAUAUGUUGAGUAACUUGUUACAAGAAUUGACCAUUGCCAGUAGGUUUGGAAGGCACCAGAUUGUUUUGGAUGAAGCAAGAUUGAACGAAAAUCCGGUAGACAGGAUGAAGCGUUUGAUUUCAACAUCUUUCUGGAAAAACUUGACCAGACGUAUCACUAAGGAAAACAUUGUCGAGAUGUCUAAAGAUACAAAGAUUAAGGAGUCGUAUGUUGACGAAGAUGGCAAACUACACGAAGGUAAAGAAAGUUACCGAAUCUACGUGCCUUACAACCGUAAAGACCAGUUUGAGUUCCUCACGCAUAUCAAGAACAGCUCAAAGGAGGUUGCGUUGGAUGUUCAAUACUUGCCGGAAAAGAUUGACGCCGAAUAUAUCAAAUCCAUCAACAAAAAGCCAGGUUUGUUGGCCAUUGCAUCUCGAAUGGACCCUGAAGAUCCAACUAACUUGAUCGGAUGGCCGUAUGUAGUCCCAGGAGGAAGAUUCAACGAGUUGUAUGGAUGGGAUUCGUACAUGGAAACCCUUGGUUUGCUAACCGAUGUCCAUCCAGCUAAGAACAUUGACCAUUUGGAACUUGCCCGAGGAAUGGUUGAAAAUUUUAUUUAUGAGAUUGAGCACUAUGGUAAAAUCUUGAAUGCCAAUAGAUCUUACUACUUGGGACGCUCACAGCCACCAUUCCUCACCGACAUGGCUUUGCGAGUGUUUAACAAGAUGGUUGAAACAAAUCCUGGGGAUGUGAAUGAGGCUGUUGAUUUCUUGCGACGCUCAACUUUGGCAGCCAUCAAGGAGUACGAGACAGUUUGGUGCUGCAAGCCAAGGUUGGACGAGCGUACAGGAUUGUCAUGCUAUCAUCCGGAAGGGAAAGGUAUUCCACCAGAAACCGAGGCUUCCCACUUCAACGCUAUAUUGAAAGACUAUGUUGAAAAAUACGGUAUCAGUCAAGAAGAGUUUAUUGAAAAGUACAAUAAUGAAGAGAUCAAGGAACCGAAAUUAGACGAAUACUUUUUGCAUGAUAGAGCAGUUAGAGAGUCGGGUCAUGAUACCUCGUAUAGAUUGGAAGGCAAGUGUGCAUAUUUGGCAACGGUGGAUUUGAACUCACUUUUGUACAAGUAUGAGAAUGAUAUUGCAUUUAUAUUGUCAAGCUGUUUCAACGACAGGUUGCAAGGUAAAGAUGGUAAGACUCAUUCAUCUGAUAUUUGGAUCGAAAGGGCCAAGAAACGGAAAGAGAAUGUCGACAAGUAUCUUUGGAAUGAGAAAGAUAGCAUCUAUUACGACUACAAUGUACAUGAACAAAAACAGGAAGAUUAUGAAUCGGCCACGUGUUUCUGGCCGUUGUACUCCAAAUUGGCAUCAAAGGAACAAGCAGCGGGAUUAGUCAAUGUAUCCAUCCCCAAGUUUGAAGAGCACGGAGGAUUGGUUGCAGGAACUUUGAAAUCAAGAGGUGAGGUUGGUUUGAGUAGACCUUCGCGUCAAUGGGACUAUCCUUUUGGUUGGGCCCCUCAACAAAUAUUGGCAUGGAUAGGGUUGGUCAAUUAUGGCUACGAUGGUAUUGCCAGAAGAUUGGCUUAUAGGUGGCUUUAUAUGAUGACAAAGUCGUUUGUUGACUACAAUGGUGUUGUGGUUGAGAAGUAUAACGUCACCAAGGGAGCAGUCCCCAUUAGAGUGGAUGCAGAAUAUGGAAAUCAAGGCUUGGAUUUCAAAGGUGUUGCUACUGAAGGUUUUGGGUGGGUGAAUGCAUCUUAUUUGUUUGGUUUAACCUUUUUGGAUCUUUAUGCGCAGAGAGCUUUGGGUACAUUGACUCCACCCGAUGUAUUUUUGAGAAAUAUGCAUCCAUCACAAAGAAAGGGUUAUCAAUGA